AUGUCGACCGAUGAAAUAUCAGAAGUGCGGAACAAGGCGAUGUUCAUGGACCCGGCGGUCGAGAUUCUGCGUGAGCUCCGCACACGGUCAGAGCAGGUUGACACGCCACCGGAAGUGAAGGAAGCUAUUGAUAAAGUGUUGACAACAAUGAUUAUGCGUGUCAGCUACUGUCGGAAGAUGACGAUGCUUGACUCUGCAAGUACCCGGAUGAUCAGCGAGAAGACCUUCGCCAUGCCCUGGUCGCAACUUUUCAAAGAGGGGAAAGUCUUCACAGAGUUUACUCCCUUUUAUCAAAGCGGAUCCGGUCAAGGGCAAUUUCUUCAGUUUUUGAUCCGCAUGCAGAAAGCUACAAGAGUUCUGGAGAUCGGGAUGUUUACAGGCUACGUUACUAUGGCAAUGGCGGAAGCACUUCCGGAAGAUGGUGUUGUUGUAACAUGUGAAUUCGAGCCUUAUUUGGUAGCGAUGGCGAAGGAAACAUUUAGAACAUUGCCAUCUGGAGAGAAAAUUGACAUUAGACAAGGUCCAGCUCUGGACACCCUGGACACCCUGGCUGAGGAAGGACAGCAGUUCCACCUUGUCUACCUGGAUGCUGAUAAAGGAGGCUACCUUGGCUACUUCAAGAAGCUUCUGGACAGUGAACUACUCGCUCCCGACGCGACGCUGGUUGUGGACAACUCCUUAGCGCACGGAGCUGCAUACACCAACCCUGACACGGUGAUGGACCAGUUUAAUCAAGCCGUCAAGGAGGAUGAGAGGGUGGAGCAGAUCAUGUUGCCUCUGUUGGAUGGCGUUUCGCUGAUCAGAAGGAAAGGGGAAUAAAUGUUCAUUUUGUAACUAGAACCAGGGAGACUAUAUAACGUUGUAGAUUAUCCCUGCUAGAACUGAGUUAGAGUGAAUACGACUAAAUACGCCUGCUUUAGCAUUCAUUAUUCAAGAGCGAGGGAAGGGGCGUGGUCAUGGGGCGUCAGCAGAAACGCAUUAUUCAAGAGUAAAUAUUUUGUGUCUCAGACAAGAAGUCGAGCAUGAGCAGGGGCCUUCCUAGUGAUAUAUAUUACGACAUGGUGACCCGUCUAAUUAGGAGGAAGGGCAGUUACUCUAUGGGUUUCUCAGAUCAGAAGGCAGGGGGAGUAACACUAUGGGUUUCUCACAUAAAAAGGCAAGGGCAGUAACUCAGACCAGUAGGCAAGGACAGUAACUCUAUAGGUGCUCAGAUCAGAAGGCAAGGGGAGUAACUCUAUGGGUUUCUCAUAUCAUAAGACAAGGGCAGUAACUCUAGUAGUAUGGGUUUCUCAGAUCAGAUGGCAAGGGAAGUAACUCUAUGGGUUUCUCAGAACAGAAGACAAGGGGAGUAACUCGAUGGAUGUCAUUGUUUUGACAUAUUUUUGUCUGUUUACAAGUCUAAUGCAGUCAUAAACUAGAGGUUACGUUUGUGCGUCCAGUCAAUAACUGUACACUGGUGACUGUAUUUUGUCCGGCAGGUUACGAAAUUGAUGGAAUAAAUAUUUACCCUAAUGACUAGAGUUUUCAUUUUACUGUUUGUUGGUGAAGGGUAGAAAGACACAUGAUUUGCUACACCAAAUAAUGAGCCACAAUAUGACAACUAUGAUCCUGCGAACAUCCUGGUAGGCCAAAGGACCAGAUUUGUCGUUUGAGGCAACUUCUACAACGGAAUCAGUUGAUCAGACUCGCAGACUUCACUGAUGCAUGUUGUCAUAUCCCAAAUGCAAUGCCCACGAUGUCAGUCACUGAAUUGUCUGGUCCAUAUUUGAUUAUUUGUAGAUGGCCGUCAUAUAGCUACAAUAUUGUUGAAUAUUAAACAAGUAAUCAAACAAACAGACAGGUCUACAAACAUGUGCAUUUAUCGAUGACAGUUUGUGAAUGUCUCAAAAUAUUUUCAUGAAACCGACAAAACAUUUCCAUAAUCAUAAGAAAAUCCCUACUAAUUUGAGAGCUUGUUUGCUGGCCUCCAAAGAAGAAAUGAGUGAGUGAGUAUGGUUCUACACCGCUAUUUAUCAAUAUUCCAGCAAUAUCACGAAGAAGACACCAGAAAUGGGCUUCACAUAUUGUUGGACAUGGAUCUUUCUCAUGAAGAGGGAACGCUUUAACCACUAAGCUACCCCACUGCCCCAGCGAAAAAGAACAGAAACACAAAAAUCAGCUUUAUCUUCAAAGCUUUCCAUUUUAUUGUACACAUAUAAUUACACUGAACACAGUUAGUAUAAAGAGGUUUCACUAAACAGACAGUUCAACAAGUUAAAAUAAUUUUCAGAAUAAUGGUAUUUAAACAAAUUUGGCCUUCGAUGCUGUUUCUUCCAAGAAGCCCAAGCCAUCAUGAAAUUGAUGUUCAAAACAUCUGCUUAAACAU